AAAAUAUCAGUUUUGUAAAGUCAGCUAACAGUUGUUGUUGUUGUGCGUGACAAAAGCUAAAAAAUGCCUUUAAUUAUAAUUUGCGGCACUCCUGUAAGUGGGAAAACAACCAGAGCUAGAGAACUGAAGGAGUUCUUUGAAAAACAUCAUUCAAAAAAUGUUGAAAUCGUAUCAGAGGAAGAAAGUAUCAAAAAGUUAGGUUAUGAUAAAAAUGAGACUUACUUGGACUCCCAAAAAGAAAAAAGAGUGCGGAGCGACCUCAAAUCUGAAGUAAUACGUAUGAUAGGGAAAGAUAAUGUUGUUAUAUUGGACGGCAGUAAUUACAUUAAAGGUUACCGCUAUGAAUUGUACUGUGCAUCAAAAGCAUCCAAAUCGACACAGUGUACAGUGUACACAAUAAGGAACCACGAGGAAGCUUGGGAUGAUAACAAAAAGCGGGCCAAAUCUGAGGGUCCAUACAUAGAAGAAGUAUUUGACGCAUUAAGUAGACUAAGAUUUGAGGAACCAAACCCCAACAGUAGAUGGGACAGCCCACUGUUCACUAUACAGCCAACGGAUGCCCUGGACAUGGAUGCCGUGUACAAAGUGUUAUUCGAGAAGAAACCGCCCCCGCCUAAUAUGAGCACACAGAAUCCGCCUCUAAGCUCAACAAACUUCCUUUACGAGCUAGACAAAGUGACACAAGAGAUCACCCAACAGAUUCUCGAUGCGAAGAAACUUUACCAAUCAGAAGUCAACUUCCCAUCCUACAACUGCACUUUAAGCGCUGAAUGCCUCAACUUGGCGAACGCACAGAGUAUAGCAAGAUUAAGGAGACAAUUCCUGACGUACGCGAAGCAAAAUCAUGCGAGCGAGAACAGAGAUAAUCUAGCUAAAUGUUACGUACGAUAUCUGAAUAAUACGCUUAGUGACUGAUGUAUUGUAUUUUUAUUAAUUUAUUUAACUUUAUUACAACAAGAUUCAAAGGCCGUACUUAAACUAUGGUACCUUUUCACCUAUUGGCCAUCACGCCCCCAAAGCGAUGGUCGCUUUCAUGGUUAUUAAAAAUAGGGGUGACUAUUGUGAUGUUUCCCAUUCGUCAACAAGGGGACAAACCGAUGACUGGGAAUUUUUUUUACAAAAAUUCCCAUUCCUCCCCAGCUGGGUCAACACCGGGGGUGACGAACGGGAAUAACCGCAGCCGCCUGCUUUACAUCAACCCUAGCCUAACAUGGGCUCUAUUUUUUACGUUCUACCCGAGUGAAGCCGAGACUGGACGCUAGUUAUUAAAUAAAUUGAAUUAAUACAAAUGUGAUGAUGGCGCUAGUGUGCGGGUUUAUGGCUAUUUCUCCCAUUUCUCAGUCGUGUUCCGUUGUUUUGACGUCGAUAGUCAACUCCGAAAUUGGAGAGCACGUCAGUGUCAAAACCUUUGGAAAAUAACAAAUCCGCA